AUAUCUUUUUGUUUCUUGUUUUAGGAUAGUGAACGCCUUGUACGCCGUAUGAAAUUGCUAACUUUUAGACUAUCUAUGUUCGUCGAAUAAUGCACGAAAACAGAUUUUUAUGGGUGGACAUCGCAUAUGAUAUUGUGGCUAACUUGCUAAUUGUUAGCUACCGUGUGGGAUCUGUCCUGGCAGUGGCUUCCUCUACCCAGAGUGUUUGUGGUAUGGCAGCAGUUUGGCAGCAGGUUUUGGCAGUGGACGCAAGGUACAAUGCAUACCGCACGCCUACGUUCCCACAGUUCCGAACUCAGUACAUCCGCCGACGCAGCCAGCUGCUCAGAGAGAACGCCAAGUGUGGCUUUGAGCCAGGGCUGCGCAGGCAGUACCUGAGGCUGCGUAGUCAGCUGCUGGCCCUGCGCUACGGGCCCCUGUCUGAGCAGAGCAGCUUCAGGGCCAGCAGUGUGCGCAGCUCCCGCACCACACUGGACCGUAUGGAGGACUUUGAGGAGGACCCCCGUGCCCAAGGGGUUCGUGGUCACCGCCGGUCUGUCAGCAGAGGCUCCUACCAGCUACAGGCACAGAUGAACAGAGCAGUCUAUGAUGAGAGGCCUCCGGGCAGUUUGGUGCCCACCUCGGUGGCGGAGGCCAGUCGUGCCAUGGCAGGGGACACAACCUUGAGUGAAAAUUAUGCUUUUGCUGGCAUGCACCACAUAUUUGACCAGCAUGUGGACUCUGCUGUUCCACGGCUGCAGUUUGCCAAUGAUGAUAAGCACCUCCUUGCCUGCUGCUCACUGGAUGGUACCCUGUCCAUCAUGGCAUUGUCUCCGCGUCCUCCCAGUGUGAAGGUGACCCUGAAAGGUCACGUGGGUCCUGUCACAGACUUUGCUUGGUCUCUCAGCAAUGACAUCAUUGUGUCGACAUCACUGGAUGGGACUCUGCGUAUCUGGAACACAGAGGAUGGUCGUUGCAUCCGAGAGGUCAGAGACCCAGAAUCCAGCGAGUUGCUCUGCUGCACUUUCCAGCCCAUGAAUAACAAUCUUACUGUGGUGGGAAACAGCAAGCACCACCUGCAGGUGGUGAACAUCUCCACUGGAAAGAAGGUGAAGGGGGGCUCCAGUAAGCUGACAGGCCGCGUGCUGUCUCUGUCCUUUGAUGCUCCGGGGAGGAUCCUUUGGGCUGGUGAUGACAGGGGGAGCAUCUUCUCCUUCCUGUUUGACAUGGCUACAGGGAAGCUGACCAAAGCCAAGCGUCUGGUUGUGAGUGAAGGCAGCUCUAUCUGCAGCAUAUCUGCCAGGUCGUGGAUUAGCAGAGAGGCCAGAGACCCCUCCCUUCUGGUCAACGCCUGUGUCAAUAAGCUGCUGCUGUACAGGGUGGUGGACAACGAGGGCACACUACAGCUGAAGAGAAGCUUCCCUAUCCAGCAUGGAUCCCAGCUUGUUCACAGCAUCUUCUGCCCCCUCAUGUCUUUCAGACAGGGGGCCUGUGUGGUGACUGGCAGUGAGGACGCUUGUGUCUAUUUCUUUGAUGUUGAACGCAACACCAAGGCUAUAGUGAACAAGCUGCAGGGUCAUGGGGGACCAGUGCUGGAUGUCAGCUUCAACUGUGAUGAAAGUUUACUGGCAUCUGCUGAUUCCACUGGCAUGGUCAUCAUCUGGAGGCGGGAGCAGAAAAAUGUCAGGUGGCCUCUGGAAAUCCUCUUGGGACUCUUUAAGGGGUCCUGACCCCCAACUUGGGAGCCACUGAGACAGAUUGGAGUCACACCUUCAUGCACUUACAUAUGUAGAAACCUCUAUUUUCUGGGUCUAGACAAGCUAUAAAGAUGAUAGAUUAGCAUUGCACUGUCAGGCUAAUGUAGUGUAUCAUGGGACUGCAAGACAUUAGUCUCUCAUUGCCAUCUCCACACUGUCUGCAGCAUCUCAGUGUAGGAUAAAGAAAGGAAUACAUAAUCAACUACAGCAUUGUGGCAUCAGGCUGAAACGAAGUGACAGGUAGCAGGAACACAAGCUAUGAUUUAUCAACAAAUGCAGUGCGUUCAGACUUUACUGUUUUCCUCUCAAGGAUGAUGAGGAUAUUUGUGAUGUAUAAAUGUGGCUGUGUAGGAGUGAAAGCACAAAGAAUGCUGUCUGGGAAGGUCAGGACAUGUUUGUUUGAAACGGGCAGAUUUAAAAAAGGAAAAAAAAAAUUACAAGACAGCAACACAAAACAUCUCCUAUUUGAACCAGACAGGACAAUGCAACGAGGCCUCUGCACAGCUCUGCAUCUUCCGAAUGUACAGCAGAGGCUAAGUGUUCACAGAUGAGGAAGACAGCUUUUGUUGUUAUGUAUCUUGGAGAGAAGUGGGAAGAAAACUAAAAAUAAGCACUACAGAUGAAUCUUCAACAUCAGUUCAGAGGAGACAGAGAGGCCCAGUCAGAUAGAACCUGUUCAACCUCGUCUAUUUAGAGGAUCCUCACACAGUUGAUGCUGCUCACUAUGGAAACGCACUUAGGGUAUAAAUAAAAACAAUAGAAAUUAUCUCUCUUUCAGAUUCAAAAUAUUAGCUAAUUGCUUAUUGAGAGAAUACACAAUCAUAUGAUGGCUGGAUUUCAAUAAGGCCCUAAUUAAGAGCGAGAAAUGUUUUUUACUCGCCACCCUUUCUAUUUUAGUGUAUAAAUGUCAGAAGCAUUAUUACGGCUCUGUUGCUGUACAUGUGGAAUCGGUAUGAUUUGUUUUACCACAGGAGAGAAAAAGAUCAGUACACAUUUUUAUCUAUGCGCUCUAUAUUCCUUUUCACGCUGAGCAGUUAGGCCAUAGCAGGCUAUAUAAUGCUCUGUUAUCAGCAGUGUUAUUUGAGAUUUGGUUUUAAAUUUCAUUGUUUCAAUCCAAACACAUGCAGAAUGAACUGUUGUUUAUCCAGAUAGUUUACUGUAAGCCUGCUGUAUGUGAACUCUAAAGAAACAAAAUGUGCUUUUCUGGUCUUCCGAGGGACUGGAUCCCACCUUAAACCCUCAGUUUGCACAGAAGAUGCCACGGUUGGAAAGUCUGGUACAGUGGAGCGGUUAUUUGGAUUUAUGUGACUUUUAUAGUCCCCACUUCUGAAUUUUGGGGUGUAUUACAUUUUUUCCCCUAGAAUAUGUAUUACAUAGUGAUAAAAACAAAAAUCACAUAGUCAGGGCUCUGCUUUAAGCAUCAUAUCAAACAAGUGUUUUAAAUGUACAGAUAA